AGACAAUCAGUUAAAAGGGAGAAUAAACAAGGUUAUUGUAAUUUUGUUUUCUUAGUUUCUUUUGUAAUUUAAUUCGCUGUAAUCACACGUUAGACCAGUGAGUGGCGCUGAUGCUGCACAGUUUCCUACUAACAACUUAUAAAAACCAACGAAGAAGAACUUUGUUUAGCCUCCAUUCAUACAGCACACGCUCUACAACAUUUGAGCUGUUUUUGUAAAUCUUUUAGCAUUUUGCCAGAAAAGUGGAUCCCACAACAAAGUUUCAACUCUGACAAAUUUGCCUUUAAAUGGACCUGAAGGCAGCUGUAAAUCAUGGCAGAUAGAGUGCGGAAAUGUUGCGUUUUUUUUUUUCACUCAAACAUUUUAGCCUCAUCCCUUUGCUUCAGUGACUUUUUCUUUCCCCACUGAUGUUCCCGUGGAGCCAUCGGACGCAUGUCGCGGCUCAGGUCCACAAUCGACAGCGUAACCAGGGCAGUGGGCAGCACAGACCUCAUCUCCAAGUUUUCCCGCUUCAAGCCCGCCAACGCCACAGUCGACGGAACCCAUGCUGGGAAGGUUCUGAUCAAAGCGGAGACUUUAACUUCCGGCGAUACAGCCUCUGAGUCGCCGAAAGCAACGAURGAAGAAAAAGCCGACGGGCGGAACGGAGACGCUGAAGGGGCCGAAAAACCUUUUGAUGCCACAAAGAAGCCCUCCAGUUUAGAGCCGUCAGCAAGCGUGUCUGCUCCGAGCUCUUCCUCAGCUGUGGUAAAACAAACUAAGCAGCUGUUCUACCCAGCACCUCUGUCCACCAACAUGGAUGAGACGUACAAGUCUCUGUCCCACCACAUCAGCAGUUACUUUGGCACCAAUGUGCAGGGAGAAGAUGGAGAGAACUGGCAAAAGGACAAAUGCCAUCUUGUUCCUGAACCUCCCACUAACACUCAAAAAUCAGUGGACCACAUUCCUGUUUUGUCUCCAGUGUCCAAGACAAAGCGUAUUGAAUCACCUACUACCUCUCUCGUCACUUCCUCCUCAGCAGAAAAGCCCAGUCCCAAACCAGAGAGCCCCCGUCCUGCUGAAAGCACCACUCGGUCUGUUCCCGAGCCGACAGCUUCUCAAAAAAAAGGCUUCACCCACUACCUGUCCUACCCUCGGCCCAGCGUCCAGGCCUUCGUCGGCAGCUACAUCGCCCCUCUGGUCCCCAAAUUCAGAGGCGAUUCCAAACGAGUCGCGGCUGAUAAGGACAAGUCUUCAGUCGUCGCCGUGGAUGACCCAACGCAGGACGGAGCGACGGAGAGGAGAGAGAGCGAAGAGGAAAAAGCUGAGAAGGCGAAGCAGCAGCUGCAGAGUCAAAGAGAAAAGAUAAUAGCACGAGUGAGCGUGGAUAACCGGACCAGAGCCCUGGUGAAAGGUCUGCAGAGGGUCACCGAUUCUAAACUCCUCACCACUCGAGUGGAGGAGCUCAGUUUUCACCUCCUGGAGUUCCCCGAGAGCCGAGGGGUGGCCUUCAAGCAGAGCGUGUUGCCCUGCCUGCUGCGACUGCGCCAGGCCAGAGACCUUCCUCUGCAGGCGGCGGUGAGAGAAGCUCUGGCUGUCGUCGGCUACACAGACCCAGUCAGAGGCAGAGGGAUCAGGGUGCUGGCCAUAGACGGAGGAGGCACAAGGGGACUGCUAGCCCUGCAGACUCUUCAUAAACUACAAGACCUGACUGGAAAACCAAUCCAUCAGCUGUUUGACUACAUCUGUGGAGUCAGCACAGGCGCCAUCUUGGCUUUCAUGCUGGGGAUUUUUCAGAUCCCCCUGGAAGAGUGYGAGGACAUGUACAGAAAACUGGGUUCAGAUGUCUUCAAACAGAAUGUCAUUGUUGGAACUGUAAAGAUGGGCUGGAGCCAUGCUUUCUAUGACAGUGAAAUAUGGGAGAAUCUCCUCAAAGAACGUAUGGGGGAGGGGAGCAUGAUUGAGAGUGCCAGGGACCCACACUGCCCCAAAGUGUCAGCAGUGAGCACCAUUGUCAACAGAGGCUUGCCUCUGAAGGCCUAUGUGUUCAGAAACUACAGACUCAUGCCUGGAGUGAGAUCCCACUACCUGGGUGACUGCAAACACAAGAUGUGGCAGGCUAUCAGGGCCUCUUCUGCCGCCCCCGGAUACUUCCAGGAAUUUGUUCUGGGAAAAGACCUCCAUCAGGAUGGAGGGCUUCUUGUCAACAACCCCACAGCUCUGGCCAUUCACGAGUGUAAAUGCCUGUGGCCGAACACGCCCCUGCAGUGCGUGCUGUCUCUGGGCACCGGGCGCUACGAGACGGCGGGCACGAACGACACGACCUACACGAGUCUGAAGACAAAGCUGACCCACGUCAUCAGCAGCGCCACGGACACCGAGGAGGUGCACACCAUGCUGGAUGCCCUCCUGCCCCCCGACUCCUACUUCCGCUUCAACCCCUACAUGAGCGAGGACGUGCCGCUGAACGAGAGCCGCAUCGAGAAGCUGGACUUCCUCAAAAGCGAAGCGGAGCGCUACCUGGAGCGCAACGAGGCCAAGCUGAGGAAGGCUGCGAGCGUGCUGGGCCGGGAGAAGGGCGCCAUGCAGAGGCUGGCCGAGUGGGUGAAGCUGAAAGCCGACAUGUACGAAGGAAUCCCCUUCACCUCCAAGCUCUAAUCAUAAACUCAUAAAAAACACAGUGUUUCGAAAAUAUGGGCCAAACGUUUACACAAGUUGGACCGCCAACACAAAAAAAUUGUUUUAAUAAGAUAAUACUCGUUAAAAAUCA